AGUUGUCAAAAGUGUUUGAGACGUUGAGCCGAGUGGCUGGCUAGAGCGCGUUUUCGGCAACAAGACUGGUAAAUGAAAAGAAACAAAGAGACAAUUCUAAUUGGAGAAAAAAUCCAUUUGAAGUGUUUUCUUUUUUUGGUGAAGUGCGGACUAAUUAGAAAUAUAAAGUUUUUGUUAAUAAAAACAGUUGCAACAUUUCCUGUGAAGAAUUUGUAAACAUAACUGCGUGCUAAAAACUGCAAAUUCGUGGUGAAAAAAGUGAGAGCGAAAGAAAGAAAACAUUGAUUUGUUACAAGUGACGCGACUUGUGCUCGAAUUGUACCAUUUAAUUACACGCGCAGCAUUGCAUUGCUCCAAUUUCUGUGCAUAUUUUUGUAUGUCUCGCUGUAACGCCACCCACAGCACAGCGACUCCCCUUUUCGGCAGUGAAAGUAUUUCCGUGAAUGCGACGUGUACGUAGGUACUUGUCAGCCCUAUGCGACAUUUGCCAAUGUUUGUGUGUUGGUAUGUAGGCAACCUGAACGUCUUUGCAGUUUCCUAAUCGCUUUAGAGCACCGCUGAGGCGUAAAAUCUUGCCGCAAGUGCAGCAGUUGCAGCAGUCGCAGCGACGUUGACUGCGGCGACAGCAUUGUCUACACGGCUGCACUGUGCUGGCAUGUGCAAUAACAACGUUGACUUUUGUUAGUGGCACUGCAACGCUUACGUGUCCUUGAAUUGCUCGACUGACGCUGGUGAUUUUUGUGGCAUUGGUGAUCCAUUUCAAUCAUUGCAUGACAUACUUUCUUCCGCCGGAAAUGCUGCUAUCGUGUAUUGAUUGUGCGUUUGUGUUAAAAACAAUACUUUUGUGCUAAUAAAUGCAGUGCUGCCAAUAUACUAUUAUAAAUUAUUGACUGGAGUGCUGCAUUGCGACGGAACCUGUUGGCGUACGCGACUGCUGAAUAGAAAAACAAAUAUUUGGCACAAAAGUAAAUAAUAGAAAAUCAAUUUGUAUAUAAAGUGAGAAAAAAACACAAAAGCGCAGUCAAUUAAAAGCGACGAAAAAUCGAUUGUGCUCAUUUGUUUGGUUUUAAGCUAACACUGUGAACCACUGACUUGUGCAGCGCGGUUGGCAGUUAGUGAAUAGCCGUGCAUGCAGUUACUUGAGACUUUGUGUGUUUUCGGCGAGUUAAAAAAUAAAUAAUAUUUUUCAAAAUUGCUUUACAUACGCUGAAGUUAUAAAGUAAUAGUGUAAAGUAAACAAAAAACAUAUGAACAUAAAAACCGUUACAAUUUUAACAAUAUAAAAAAAUCACCACAUUUACUCCCCUCUCACGUCUUACUGCACGCAUGAGUCAUCCGCCUUUUAACUGACCCCCUUUGGCCAUUAUUGCUGUUGGCUUACAAUUAGUCGGAAAAUCAACAUAUAAACACAGCGUGUCGUCGUGUUUGGAAAAUGAAAAGUCACAACAAAUAUGCAAAAUUACCCCAAGACUUAGAUUUAAGUUUCCAAGAGCAAUUGGAUGUGGAUGCAGGUGCUUCGGAUGAAUUUAAUUUAGCUGCUGGCAUUGGUUUGGCAGACGAUACAGACGACGACGAACACGUACCAAAAACAACAACGGCAGCAACUGGUGACCUAAACGCAGCCAGCGCAUUGGAGGGUCACGUUUUCGACGACGAAGAGGACGAAAUUGUAAUAGCAACAGCUUUAAGCAGCGGUGUUAGUGUUGGUACGCGUACGAAUGUUGUUGGCGGUGGUGCAGCCAGUGUGCGUGUGAACACGUCAGCCAACAGUGGCGAUAGGAUAGUGCGUGGUGGCGGCGGUGUGGCUGUUGGUUUAGGCAGCGAUAGUGUAAUCGAGACGGGUUCAACCCUAACGCCCGAAAUGUUGCUGACCACGUCUGAGUCAUCGACGUACAGCGCCUCCGAAGUGGCCGGCCGUCUACAGGUCGACACGCGUACCGGUCUCAAAUGGACCGAGGCUAAGUACCGUGCGAAAAUAAUCGGACACAAUGAGUUGAAUGUGAACGAGGAGGAUCCUACAUGGAAGAAAUAUAUUGAACAGUUUAAGAAUCCACUUAUACUGCUACUGUUGGGCAGCGCGCUAGUUUCGGUAAUUAUGAAACAGUAUGACGAUGCUGUGAGCAUAACGAUAGCCAUCAUCAUAGUGGUAACGGUCGCUUUCAUACAAGAGUACCGUUCGGAGAAGAGUUUGGAGGAGUUAAAGAAGCUGGUGCCACCCGAGUGCCAUUGUCUGCGCGAAGGACGACUCGAUACGUUUUUGGCGCGUGAGCUAGUGCCAGGCGAUGUGGUGUACUUGAAUGUAGGCGAUCGUGUGCCCGCCGAUGUGCGGCUCUUCGAUGCCAUCGAUCUGUCGAUCGAUGAGUCAAGCUUCACGGGCGAAACGGAACCGGCGCGCAAGAGCACCGAGCUCAUACUGAGCAGCACCACCAAUAAGGAUCAUACAAAUAUGAAAAAUGUAGCCUUUAUGGGCACAUUGGUGCGCUGCGGCAAUGGCAAGGGUGUUGUAGUGAGCACCGGUGAGCGCAGUGAGUUCGGUGAGGUUUUCAAAAUGAUGCAAGCUGAAGAAGCGCCGAAGACACCGUUGCAGAAAUCGAUGGAUAUACUCGGCGCACAGCUAAGUUUCUAUUCGUUUCUCAUCAUUGGCGUAAUUAUGCUAUUGGGUUGGCUACAAGGCAAACCGCUAACCGAAAUGUUCAAUAUAAGCGUUUCUUUGGCUGUCGCCGCCAUACCCGAAGGCCUACCCAUUGUGGUAACCGUGACGCUGGCACUCGGUGUCAUGCGUAUGGCCAAACGCAAUGCGAUUGUGAAGAAAUUGCCAACCGUGGAGACGCUCGGUUGCGUGAAUGUCAUUUGUUCGGACAAAACGGGCACUUUGACGAAGAACGAAAUGACAGCGACAGUUAUCAUCACAUCUGACGGCUACAUGGCCGAUGUCACCGGCGCGGGUUAUAAUGACCAAGGCGAAAUACAUAUACGCAAUUGCAACAACGUCGAAAUGGCCAAAGCAAACAUCACGAACUUGUUAGAAAUCGGCGCAGUCUGCAAUAAUGCUUACAUACAGAACGGCACGUUGCUCGGCCAGCCGACAGAGGGUGCACUCAUCGCUGUCGCCAUGAAGAAUGGCAUGUACGCCACCGCUGAGAACUAUGUGCGCAUACAGGAGUAUCCAUUCUCAUCCGAACAGAAAAUGAUGGCUGUCAAGUGCAUACACAAAUAUAACAAUAACAAAGAGGAAAUCUUCUUUGCCAAAGGCGCGUUGGAAAUGCUGUUGCCGCAAUGCACGAAAUACAUGUUCGGCACACAAACGGUGCCGUUGACAAAGCAAAAUGAGGCGGAAUUCCUUGCGGAGGCCUAUGAAAUCGGCCGCAAGGGCUUGCGUGUGCUGGCGCUGGCGAAAGGACGCAGCCUGCAGGAUCUCAUCUACUGUGGCCUGGUGGGCAUAACCGAUCCGCCGCGUCCAUUGGUACGCGAAUCCAUUGAGAUGCUGAUGCAGAGCGGCGUGCGCGUCAAGAUGGUAACCGGCGAUGCGCAGGAGACGGCCAUGGCGAUUGCAAAUCUCAUUGGCAUUGAUACAAUUCAUCAGCAGACGCUCUCCGGUCAAGAGAUGGACCAACUAAAUGAACAUCAGCUCGAUAAAGUCGCCAAUAAUGUGAGUGUUUUCUAUCGUGUGACACCGCGUCAUAAACUCGCGAUCGUAAAAUCGCUACAACGUACGGGAAAUAUUGUCGGUAUGACCGGUGAUGGUGUAAAUGAUGGUGUCGCUUUGAAGAAGGCGGAUAUCGGUAUAGCUAUGGGCAAGAACGGAACGGAUGUAUGCAAAGAAGCUGCUGAUAUGAUACUAGUCAAUGACGAUUUCCACACCAUAAUUGCCGCCAUCGAGGAAGGCAAGGCUAUCUUCUACAAUAUACGCAAUUUCGUACGUUUCCAAUUGAGCACCUCGAUCGCCGCUCUCUCAUUGAUCGCGCUCGCUACACUCAUGGGUAUCGCCAAUCCGCUAAAUGCUAUGCAAAUCCUUUGGAUCAAUAUUAUCAUGGAUGGACCACCAGCGCAAUCGCUCGGCGUCGAACCGGUGGAUCAUGAUGUACUCAAGCAGAAACCGCGUAAUGUCAAACAACCGAUGAUAACGAAAUCAGUGAUCGUGAAUGUGUUGCUAAGCGCCAGCAUCAUAGUGCUCGGCACGUUAUGGGUAUUUCAGCGUGAAAUGGCCGAUGGCACGAUGGGCAAAACGAAGCGCGACACGACCAUGACCUUCACGUGUUUCGUCUUUUUCGAUAUGUUCAAUGCACUGGCGAGUCGUUCGGCAACGAAGAGCGUUUUCAAGAUCGGCUUGUGCACGAACAAAAUGUUCCUACUUGCUGUCGGUUUCUCGAUUAUCGGGCAAAUGUUGGUCAUCUAUUUCCCCCCACUACAAAUGGUAUUCCAAACGGAAGCGCUCUCUGCCUACGAUAUACUCUUUUUAGUAUCGCUCACCUCGUCGGUUCUGAUCGUAGCGGAGAUUAAGAAGUGGUUCGAGCGCACCAUGGAACGUAAGAUGUACAAGACACGCUCCGAGUUGGAUUUCGUAUGACAAAAAGCAAGCGCUGGAAGAAAAUCGUCAAACGUAAAGAAUGAUUAAGCUUAGCAAAAUACACACAAACCACAAACAAACAAACAACACGUAGCAAGGAGUGCGUUGGAUGGAUGGCACGGAGCGAACGAACUUGGGCGGGCGAAUGACGAACGGAUUGCCGUGAAUGGAAUUGGGGUUAGAAGCGUAAAAGUAUAAAAACAAAGAAAACCACAAAAAAAUCGAAAAUGUUUAGGGUACACUGGGCGUAAUUUUAAGCGAAAGCAAGAGAGCAACAUGAAGUAAAACGAAAGAGAGCAAAACUAAUACAAUACUUUAAAUGUCUCUUUAACUUUAUAUGGUUUACUUUUCAUUGUAAUUAGUUGGUAUUUAAACGCAUUAAGCGAAAUGACUAAGUUAGUUGUUAAUUAGCGAAGAUGGUGAGCGAGUUAAAGAAAGGAUGCAUAACGUGCUGUGCAGUUCUGGACUGAAAAAUAUGGAAAUUGGUGAACAGAGUAGUGCAAUUAGAAAUAUAAUGAGGAGCUUUGCUCAAAAGUUGUGGAGCCUGACGAAUUAUUCGAUAUUUUUUUUUUACUUUCUUAAAAGAAUAUUAUUUCUGGAGAUUUUUUGGGAGAUUUUUGUUUAAUUCUUUUUCCUUGUAAGGUCAUUUAAUUUUCGCAUAAUCUUUUUAUUUAGUUCGUUUGGGUGUAGUUUCUAAAGUUAUUGCAUAACCAGGAGGCCAAUAUUAUAUUCGACACCAUGUUAAAGUAACUCACACACGCAUUGUUCGAGGCUCGAAAUUAUACUUUGUCUAAGCAAUAGCUUACAUAUACAAACACUUGAAUCAUUUCUACAAAUUUAUUCAUUUUCGUAAGGAUGUAAGUUCUUUUAUCCUAUGGUACUCAAAGUUGUAAGUUGCUUUACCAUGCAAUCUUCAGCUUGAAAGCGGAAUUUUACUAGUAUUGACCAAAUUUGUAUUGAAAAUAUUGCGCAACAUGUUGCUGACAGUAACUUUUAAUGUUGAAAGUUGUUUCACCAUACGAGACUCGAAAUUUUAAGUUGAUUUGUAUUGAAAAUGUUGUGCAACAUGUUGCUGAAAGUGUCCUUUCGCUUCUAUAUGGUCACUUUAAGACUAUAACAGCACUACACGAUUUGACUGGAGUUUUUAAAUAUUUUAUUUUCUUAUUUAUUUUUUUUUUUGUUGUGGCUAACUUAUUUUAUCGAUAUUUUCUUUGAAAAAUUAAAUUAAAAAUUUUUAUUUAUUUUUUUUUUUGUUGUGGUUAUGUUGUUUUACUUCUUUUCGUGACUUUUUGUUCCAACUUUUUCGAUUUUCUGAAAGCGACUUUGUGAAAGCCAUCACAUCCUUAUUUGCUCGCUUACUUUUUGAUUGUAUUGAAUUAGUUUUAGAUUUAAUUUUAAUUAUAUAAUGUAUUGUAUGUGUAUUAAUGUAUUAUUAAUAACUCUUUUUUCUUGUUAAUUUUCUGAGAAAUCGUAUUAGUUGCUAGCUUGGCAUAAUCAUUAUGUUUUAUAUAAGGUUGAAAUACAGGGUGUAACUUCACUUAGCAUUAAUAUAGCUGUAUUUUUUUAAUUACAAAAAUUAGUAUUACUUUUUUAUUAAUUCUAACAGUUUUGGUUUUGUGUUUUUAAUUAUAAUAAAUUAUAGCUGUUUUUGAGUUGUAAAAAUAUAAUUUUUAAUUUUAAUUAAUUAUAAUUUGUCUUUUUUUAAUUAUAAAAAAUU